AUAAGCACAUCACUUCAAGCAUUUUGAUACAUCGAUCAAGCCACAGAGAGAGCUCACACCCUGGCUCUCCUCAAAAACGCCAUGCAUGCAAACCAUAAGCAAAGCUACACAUAAUUAGGGCCCCACUGUCUGAGAAGACUUGUCUCCCUUUCUGCCAUAUUAUUUCCCCAGUUGGUCCUCCGUAUACCUGCUGCUGCUGAUGUUUUAGAUACUAGUUCUAUUCCCUUCCUCACUUUUCUUCACUCACCAUCCUCUCUCUCUUUUUUGCCAACUUAUUCUGGAGAAAAACAUGAAGUUAUUCAACUGGGUUCAUAAAAGGUUUCAUCAUGAUCCUCUCCCAAAGGAUCAUGAGUUUGCUCAAAAAGUGGAAAAGAAAAGAGAUGAACUACUCCAUAGCAAUGACAAGGACACUCAAGCAUUACUCAAAAAGGUUGUCCUUAUCGAUGCGCUUGAUGGUUGGAAAGAUGGCAUUUUAGCAAUCGGCACGUUUGGGUUCGAUCCUCUAAAACCAUUCAACCAGCAAUAUUCACAGAAAGAGUAUCUGGUUCUGGAAAGCGAGCAGGAAGACGAUGAUGACGAAGCAGAGAGCCAAGAAUUUUCACUCGACGACGAAGACAGUGAUGACGAUGAUGAAGAAGACAGUGACGACACUUGUGCUGAUCGGGAUGAGGAAGUAAACCCUUUGAUGUUCUCAUCAGCUCUGGGACACAGUUUUAAGGAAGUCAUAACCUCUGAUCAGAAAAACGACCAGCAUGUUCUUCUGUCACUUGACGGUGUUUCUUUGGCUUCGAAAGACCAAGAACUCGCCGCUCAAGUGAACCAAUCCGUUCUGAGCGAAGAGAAGAAGAAAGCUGGAAGAACAACACUGGCAGACUUGUUUUUGGCCGAUGGUGAUGUUAAAAUGAAGAUUGAUUCUGGGAAAGUUUUGGCUGAAGAAUCCAUUAAUAAAAAAACGAAUGUUCGAACCAAGAAAAGCCUCUCUUUUGCUAAGAAGCUCAUUCCUCGAGUCAAGGAGGAGGCAAGUCCAAUUAAGAAUCUACAACGACUGAUGCGGAGGAUGUUGAAGAGGAAGAUUCAUCCAGAGGCACUCGAUGCCAAGAUGAACAAAUCAGAGGGUCAGAAAGCAACUGGUGGAAUAGAACUUGUCACCAACACGCCAAAGAAAGCCUCCGAAUCAGUGUCUUUGCUCGCAAUGCAAGGUACGAAUAGGUAUCACAAUCUGAGCUGUGAGUGAUAAUUGCCCUGCUUUUCUUGCUAGAAUUGAUCAUGGAUUAACUAUUGCCGUUGCUAUUAAGUCGUAACUCAUCUACAAGGGCAAUUAUAUAUAAUAUUAGACUUUAAUAUAUAUAUAUAUAUGUAUAUUUAUAUAUGGACCCGUUUGGAAGCAGUGUGAUUAUGAUAUUAUUAUGUUUAUUUUGUAAUAAUUUUUCAGAAUUGUUUUGGCUUUUUGAUAUAUCGAUAUCAUAUAUGUUGAUUAUUAUUAUUAUGAUUGCAAUUAAUUAAGUUGUUGUGUCGUUUUUGACAGCUA